GGCAGGACUGGGAGUUGGAGGCAAGCAAGCACCAAGGUUUUUGUUCAGGCGGAAGACGACAGUGUUGUGGACCUCCAACAGCGCACGUGUCCUCUCCAAGCGCCACGUUGCAACUGGCAAAACGACAAAACGGCGUCCCUCCGCCGAUCAAGUAGCGGCGGGCUGACGAGGAAUGAGUUUUGCGGCAACACGAGGCCUCCACUGGAGACAAUGGGCCAAAACGCCAUGCAGAAGCCGCCGAAACACCUAAAAUAGCUGGAAAUGUUGGAUCUUCCACGUAACUCUGUCUUCCUCUCUAUAAAUUCCCACUCCUCUCUCGCCAUCUUCAGAAACUACAGAGUUUCUUCUGAUCUGAUCUUUGGCUUGCUUUCGUAUUAGUAAUAAUUAAGUGUAUAGUUCCAGCCAUGGCCAGCUGCUCCUUCACUGCUCUGGGCCUCUUCCUUCUGGUUCUCUGCAAUGGCUGCCUCGCCAUCCGGCAAGGCCGCCAAGAGGAGCAAGAGCCCUACCGGCGGAGCCAGGGCGACUGCCGGCUCCAGAAGCUCCGGACACUCGAACCCGACAGCCAGAUCCAGCACGAGGCCGGCGUCACUCAGAUCUGGAACCCCAACUCCGAUGAGAUGCAGUGCGCCGGAAUCACAGCCUCCCGCCACGUCAUUGAUCGCCGAGCCGCCCUCCUCCCCUCCUUCACCAACGCCCCCAUGGUCGUCUACGUCGAACAAGGGAGGGGUCUACUUGGGACGGUGUUUCCGGGGUGUCCAGAGACGUACCAAUCGUUCCAACGCCAAUCUCAGGAAGGAAGCAAGUCGCGGAGGUCCGACGACCGGCACCAAAAGUUGCGCCGCCUCCAGCAGGGAGACGUCUUCGUCUUGACGGCAGGAGUGGCUCACUGGGUGUUCAACGACGGCAACAACAAGCUUGUUCUUUUCGCGAUUCACGACGUCAGCAACCGAGAAAACCAGCUUGAUGACAACCUCAGGAGAUUCUUGCUUGCAGGGAGCCCGCCGGAGAGACGAGGCGGCAAGCAACAGCUUCCCAAUAUCACCAACAUUUUCCAGUACUUCGACACGAGGAUUCUGGCCGACGCUUUCAGCGUGCCCGUGAGCAUUGCCCGGAAACUGAAGGAGGUGGAUGAAAGCAAGGGAUUCAUAGUGAGGGUCCAAAAAGCGUUCCAGGUGAUCAAGCCCCAGGCGUCUUCGUCGGAGGAGGAGGACGAAGAAGAACAAAGAGGGUCCGGGAGAAAUGGUAUAGAGGAAACCAUUUGCUCUAUGAAGCUUGUGGAGAACAUUGCUGACCCUGAGAGGGCCGAUAUCUACACCGCCGAGGGUGGUCGAAUCGCCACCCUCAAUAGCCGCAACCUCCCCAUCCUCAAGCGCGUCAAGCUCAGUGCCGGGAGAGUAGUUCUCCACAAGAAUGGGAUGGUGGUGCCUCACUGGAACAUGGACGCGCACAGCAUAAUGUUUGUGACGAAGGGAAGCGGCAAAGUCCAGGUGAUAGGGAUGUCCAGGCGGCCGAUCUUCGACGGCGAGGUCCGAAAGGGUCAGAUCUUGAUCGUGCCCCAGAACCAUGCAUUGACGAAGAUAGCCGGAGACGACGGCCUGGAGUGGUUUACAGUGAAGACCAACGACCAAGCCAGCAUCACGCCUCUCGCCGGACCAACGUCGGCCAUCCGGGCGCUGCCAGUGGAUCUCCUGAUGUCGUCCUAUGGGUUAACCAAUGAAGAAGCCAGGAAGCUCAAGGAGGAGACGAAGGAGGUAACCAUCGUGGUCCGUCGUAGGUCGUCCCGCGGCCGGAAGGAGGAAGGAAGUAGGGAGGGGUCCCGCCGGCCGGAGGAGGAGGAGGAGGAAGGAGAAGAAAGCGAAGGGUCAAGCCGUGGCCAGAAAGAGGAAGGACGGGAAGGGUCAAGCCGCCGGAAGGAGGAUAAAGGAAGCGAAGCUGCUGUGGAAGCUGUGAAGGCCAUUGUUGAGGCCAUUAUGUAAUGAGCUCUUUAUAAGUUUGAGGUUUUGUAAGAUAGAACUAUGAAUAAGUCCUAAAGCUACGGAAAGGCCAUACAUGUAUGCUGCCCAGCUAGCUACUUGAGCUUUCCUCUCUUUUCAUCAAUAAGACUUGAAUAAAGACCGUACGGUUCCUGUAA